UAAUGAAACACACUUCAGUUGUAUUGGGGAGGCCAGAUGUUUCAAAAUCUCUGCAGAUUGAACCCAAACUAUGUGCAUUGGUCUGUUCCUUAUAAUAUAUACUUACAUUGUGAUGUUGCUACUUUUACUAAAGUAAAGGAUCUUCUGCCACUGCUAAGUUUUCAUUUAUUUGUGCAAAAUACAAACCAAGAGAGAUCACUUUGGUAAGGAUGCUUUUAUUUUGAAGAAAUUAAAUGAGCGACAGGUUUUGUUCAGUUUUGUUGCAGCUACCUGAACUCACACCUUCAGUAAACCAGACUGACGCAGUUACAGUGAGUCUGUAGCCACGAACCAGGUGUGAGAGAUGACCAUCACUGUGGUCAAAGACAAGGGAGUGAUUGUGGUCACCAUGGCGACUAACAGCGAGAGCACGUCACCAAAGCUGUGUCAAAUCCUCAAGACUCUUUGCUGUUGCUCAGUGUACAAGGGGCUGAUGCAGACCAAUGUGACUGCAGCACUAGGGACUAUACAGAUCAUGGUGGGCCUGUUCAACAUCGCACUUGGGCCCCGACGAGCAAACAUGUAUCCUGGGGAUCUGACCAGCAUGGGAACUGCUUACUGGCUGGGUGGCGGGUUCAUCACAACUGGAAUCGUGUCCCUUCUUGCUGGCUGGUUCCCCUCUCUUUCCUUCGUGGGCUUUGCUGUGUUUGUGAACAUAGUCGGAUCUACCUUGGCCAUUCUUGGUAUUGAGCCGUAUGCCAAGGACCUGGCAGCUCUACCUGCCGAAAGGAUGUGUAACUGGAGGAGUUACAUUUCUGAUUGGUAUAAUAGCCACUGUGGAUAUGUGGCAUACUAUUUACAGUUGACAACCGUGGACAUCACUAUGAUCAUCUUGGCUGUUCUCCAGCUGUGUGUCUGCAUCAGCUUUACUGCUCUGGGCGUCAAGGCUGUGGUCAACAGGAAGAAGGAAGAGGAUGUCAAAGAUGUUGAAGAUCAGCAGCCACAGUUGAAGGAAGUCCUCCAGACCAGUCCUGGUGCUUAAAAUCAAUUCCACUAAACACAUGGAAGCUUAUGAGUCAUUGUAAUACUUUUAUGCUUUUACACUCACUCGCUGAAAAUAAUCAAAACUGCUUGAUAUCAAAACUACCGGUUUUCCUGUCUGUGUAUGUAUUUAAACUUUUUUUUCUAUCUGCUUGUGAAUUAUUUUUCAAAGUAAACUUUAUUGAAUAAAAAUAUGUAAAUUGUUGAAAACUG